UCGUGAGGAGGAAACGCGCAGUGUCCUCGCUUCCUCGUUUGACAGCAAUGGGCUUGUUUCACGAGACGAAACUACAAGAAUGAAGGUUUCAGGGGACGAUGCGGGAAUAGACGCAACCGAGGAGACGCUAAGCUGAAAAGGCCAUCAGCUGGACCUGGCGAGGAAAACUUCAGCCCAUCGACUGAGCCGCAGAUGUCUCCUCCGUAAAGUGUCCCUGCAUGUUGUUGUGGUUAGCUGCUAGUGCUAACCAUAGAAGUUGCCUUGCUGGCUGGCCUAGCAGGCUCAUGGUUGAAGCGGGGACAGGAUCAUUACAUGCAUGCGUUUCCUUGUCUGUAUCUGAUGGAGGCUUCAGGGGCUCAAGCGCCGCAGCGUCGGUCCAGCUGUUAGAGUACCAGCGGCGUGAGAGUGAGAGAGUGAGAGAGAGAGUGAGAGAGUGAGUGAGAGAGUGAGAGAGUGAGAGAGUGAGUCCCCACACCGUGAGUUAGCUCCCCCUGGUUAGCCGCCUCUGUCCUCUGGAAGAAUGAGUAGAAAACACCAUCAUUUAAAAGGAGCAGAAGUCAGCUGCUGCGUGAAAUACUUCUUGUUUGGAUUCAACAUUUUGUUCUGGUUACUAGGAGCCGCAUUCUUGGGCAUAGGCCUGUGGGCAUGGGCGGAGAAGGGCGUGCUGUCCAAUCUGUCAUCCAUCACAGACCUAGGGGGCUUGGACCCCGUGUGGCUCUUCAUCGUCGUAGGAGGGGUCAUGUUCGUCCUGGGCUUUGCCGGCUGUAUCGGAGCGCUCAGAGAGAACACAACUCUGCUUAAAUUUUUUUCUGUGUUCCUGGGUUUGAUCUUCUUCUUGGAGCUGACUGCAGGGAUCCUUGCCUUCGUCUUUAAGGACUGGAUCAAAGACCAGCUCAACUUUUUCAUCAACAAUAACGUCAAGGCCUACCGCGAUGACAUCGACUUGCAGAAUCUUAUUGACUUUGCCCAGGAAUAUUGGUCAUGCUGUGGAGCUCACGGGCCCGACGACUGGAACCUGAACAUCUACUUCAACUGCACUGAGCCGAACCCCAGUAGAGAGCGCUGUGGAGUGCCCUUCUCCUGCUGCGUCAAAGACCCUGCAGAGGAUGUCAUCAACACGCAGUGUGGUUAUGAUGUUCGGCUUCAAGGGGAGCUGGACCGGCAGAAAUAUAUCUAUACCAAGGGCUGUGUGGGACAGUUCGAGAAGUGGCUUCAGGACAACCUCAUUAUUGUAGCUGGGAUCUUUGUUGGUGUUGCACUUUUACAGAUUUUUGGUAUCUGCCUUGCUCAAAACCUGGUGAGUGAUGUCAAAACCGUCAAAGCCAACUGGUGACAUGAGAGGUGACGUGAGGGAGCCCCGCCCCUUUAGGCCCAGCAAGGUCAACACAGCACACACAAGUCCCGUCCAGCUGAGGACGGAGAAGCGGAGAACCAUUGCCGUUGAGCUAAGCAGCACAUAUGCACUCUCACACUUUUAUACCUGCAUACACAAAGAGUUUACUUCCCUGUUUAUCAGUGACACUUGAAUGGGGAGAAGAAUACCCCACACAAACCAAACAGUUAACACUUUGUUUACCACUCAGCUGGAUUUUAACCCGGAUAUACAAAGGACGGUCCUGCCUACUUCGUAGUUAGAUUCUUUUUUUCCCCUUUCUGCUUCCUCUGAUUUUUGUUCUUUGGACAAGUAUAUUUAUGGGGCGCAGUUUCACAAGAACUCCUGUCAGCUGGGAGAAUGGAAGCCAUGGAUGAAGCAAACUAAAAGAAAAGGAUAAGUGACAUUUAGUCUCCUUUUUUAGGUUCAACCAUUACAUUGUUACACAGCCUCCUUCCUCUCAGUGAGGGGUGGAACAUCUCCGCCUACAAACAGCCUGUUUUUAACUUGCUUGUCCCCACUCCCUGCUGUAGGGGAUCGUGGGUGGCUGGCUGGCUCGCUGGCUGGCCAUUAAACACAUGGAAUCCUCUGCGUGUCUAUACUUUCUCCAUUAUGACUUUUUAUGACCACUGUAAAGACUCUGAAGACUGACUGGUAAGGUCUGCAAAGUGUAAAAAAGUGCCAUUAAUUUCCACUGAUAAUUUUGUCCCCUUCCUGUUCUUUACAUGGAAUUUCUGCACCCCGCCCCAGAAUUCCUCAGGGCCUGGCCAGAAAGAUAAUGCUUUCUGCCAUUGGUUAAAUGCAUAUCUAUUUUUUUUUUCCAUCCAUGUCUGUGCAAUUUAAAGAUACUAGCAGUUCAUUGAAAGUCGCCCCGUUUGCCCUGCAGUGAUUGUAUUAUCCAAUGAUUUACUGAAGGAUGUUGUAUUGUAUGAUAUGGAAAGGCCUGGUGUGGUUAGGAGCGUAGUACUAUGCUAUAUAGGGAAAGGGUUUAAUGAUAUUGUUGUUUAUCUCUUAGCAUCCCUCAGGCACAUGGGAUUGCUGGUUUGGGGCCUUUUUUACUUGAUUUAUGUUACCACACUUGUCUUACAUUCUGUCCUCUGCAUAGUGAAAUAAGAAUAUUUGUCUGUUUUUAAAGAUGUCCUUUAUUAAUCCUUUAUUUCCUAUCCUUUUUAUAGACACAGAUUUUUAUCCUGAGUUCAUUGUUUGGCUUCACCAGGCGCCUGUUUUACCUCUGACCCAUCAGUCAACUGCGAAAAUGGCUUCUUAUUGUUGAUGUUGUUAGCAGUCCUCAUGGACACAAGCUUACUGCCAAGGUUUUGUCCGGCCUCAAUUUUAUAAGGAAGGCUAAGCAAAUGACAAAUAGCGUUUCUAGACAGCCAAAAUGUGAAUUUAUUGUCCCUUUUAUGUGGGAAGUGCCAGUUGGAAUGAGAAGUCAAACAAAAAUGUAAAAUGUAACAUUAUAGCUUUUAUCUUUAAUUAAAUGUUGUGUUUUUAGUUUUGACUGGUUUUUAAAUAGAAUAGUAGAAAAAAGCUGUUACCUUUUCAUAUUAACGACUCAGCCUCAAUUUAACAUGAACGCUGCUUGAACGUUGACUAGAUUAUUGAUAUGUAGUACAAUAACCAAGCUAACAAGUCUCACAAUUUGCCAUGUUGCCAUUGUUUCCAGGCUGAGGACAUAUUCUGAUUAUUUGUUCUUUCUCAAGUUUACACUCUGCGCUCAGCUUGUGGUCCCUUUUGUUGUUCAUUUAAACAAAAAAAGACUCUGGAAUCACACUAUUAAGUCGCCCUUACAGCUUUUCAUCCUCGUCCAUGAUCCUCACAAUUUGACUGGGUUCACUUGAUACUUUUGUUAAAAAAAAAAGAAGAAAAAAAAAAGAAACUCUCUGUAUUUAACCACGACAGUUGUUUCUGAUUGUAGCAGUGUCAUUCAGAUACACCGCACAGACAUGAUUUGGCACACCCAGACAAAAAUAAAACAUGUUUUGAAUUGCAAUGCAAAUAAGUUGAAAGAUGAGUAGCAUUAAUAUUCUGUGAACAGAACACCGAACCCCGCUUCACUGAGUCUCUCUGUAGUAUACACACACACACACACACACACACACACACACACACACACACACACACACACACACACACACACACACACACACACACACACACACACACAGAGAGGAGCUCGUUCAGUAACAGCACCUUAUGAUCGCCUGCUAUGCCUACAUGUCGCAUGUUGCUUUCACCCACACGCUCCCUCUUCAGAACCCUACCUGAUCCGGCUGCACCUGUUUCAGAGCCUGUUAUUUUGAUGUAUUUUUAAACACAAGGCUCGUUUGAACAAAAAAGAGAAACGCAAGACGGAACAACAAUCGUUUGAAUUUAGGCUGUCACGAAUGAGCGAGUGGAUCCAGAGCAGCACAAUGCAUCUGUACCGGAGUGACUGAAGUGAGUCUUUAAUGACUUCUCGAUGUUGAAAGUUUUCCAUAAGAGAGGCUCAUUCAUUUCAGCUCUUUAGUUGUAAUCAAUGAGUAAAAGCCUCGAGCAGUCUUAAGAAAAAUGUAUAAACAUUUUUCAGCCUGAUGAGAUAUAUCUUCUCUCUAUUCCAAGUGUGUGUGUGGGCCUCUUUGAUUCUACUAACUGUUGUAAAUCAAUCUGUCCCACCGGAGUCUAAGAGAUCAGGAAUAAAUAAACCAGUGUUUAUUUUCCCUUUUUUCAUUUAAUCUUUUGAGAAGUAGGUUGAAACAGAUAACGGGUGAUUAAUUAGUUCAACACGCUUCUUUAAAGGGUUUCCUUAUUUUUUUCUUAAAUUACCCUUAUUUGGAAAUGUUUGCUCAGGGUCUUCGACACCCCUUCCCCUCAUGAUUAACAAAAACCCUCUGCUCAUGCAUUCGAGAAGAUUCUGUGUUGAACAUGAUAAAAUGGUGGGCUGCUGCCUUUUGAGUGAUGCUGAGGAUCUGGCUGAAGGCAGAUGGAGGCCACGGGUGUCAGUUCUGCUGCAGUAGAGAGCCGCAGCUCUUAGACAAAAAGCACUCCCUCUAUUUCACUCCCUCUAUGUCACUCCCUCUGCAGCCGCCGCGUCUGGAUGGAUAUGCCAAUAAUCAGACAGUCACCUUGGUAAUAAUGACAAUAAUGCCAUCAUAUUCAGUCGUAGCAGCGAGGCUUCAAUAUGCAGACACUACAAAGGUGACUUUCUGGAAUAUGUUUGUUUGUUUUUACAGCUUUGGGUAAUUCUGGGUUUUGUAUUCCUUUAAUGUAGGGGAAAGGGGGAGGGAGAAAACAAUGCUAAUUAUGCUUUGUCCUUUAUCAUAAUGGCCUUGCAUUAUGAAACACCCUCUUAAUUUCUCUGCUUUCCCUGUGGGCAGUUAAAUCAUUCCCGAGGAGGAGCCUUAUGCAUGCCAUGAAUGUAUAAGUGUAUCAGCCGCGGCUCCACACUCGGUUAGGAUUUUAUUCUUACCCUUAUGCAGUGCGAUGCACAAGUGAAGCUUAGGGAUGUGAAAUAAAGCUUUGUCUUUAGCAAUGUGUGAGAUGUUAUUCUGGUUUGUUUCUUUUUUUGAUACGUUUUAGUGAGCAUGAAAGCAGUUGAGCAUUCCAUUUCUUCUGUUCGUAGGCGUGUGUGCAGAACCUCAUAUGCAAUCGCGAAGACUUUAAAUCCUCAGAAACGACCAGUUAAACAAUGUUGUUCUUGUCAAUCUCUCUUGUUUUAACAAUGUGUGUGAUUUCUGACUGAUCAAAAUCAUCAAUCAGGUUUUAAUAACAUUUAUUGAUCUAAAAACGUAUUUAGCUGCAUAUGCACUUAUGAAUGAUGUGACUGAACUUUUUUUUAUCCUUUUCACAUACAAAUACAAAGUGACACAUAUUUCACUCUGAUAAUCUCUCCUGUGAUCCUUUUUGAAGGUUUUGACAUCUGCUAAUGUUUUGAGGCAUUUUCAGUUUUAUUCCCGAGAAAGGUGAUCAUUCACAAAGUCUUCAAAUGCAGAUGCCGGCCACAGAGCCAAGAGAAGCAGCAUAAUUGACUCAUGUUAACAGCAAUACAAUGGUUGUUAGUGUUGACAUUUCCAUACCAGGUCAUGAUAUUUGAUCAAGACUCAAGCGUGAUCUGACUGGAACAAAAAGUGUUUCAAAUUCAUGGGUUUUACAGUUGAGGAUAACGGAUUCAGUAGUUAAGGAUCAUUUAAUCCACACAAGAACCACUAUAAAUAUUAAUUUUGUUCCGCUGAGCAGCAAGAACAGCUUUCUCAGUUUGACUUGGUUUGCAAGUACAGUUUUGAGUUGAUUGCAGCAGAAUACAACAAAGAAAAACCAUGUUAUCCAUCCACUCUCUCAGUUUAGACCCAUCUACUGGAUCGGGUAGCCUUGUAAAGAAAUGUUGCAUAUGAAAACUGUGGACAUGGUCUGUUACACUGUAUAUUGUGUUUAAAAUAUGCCUCUUUCAUAUAUUAAAGGAUUUA